ACUGUCAUCACGUGGUUACCAGUUUUCGCGUCAGCAAAUAUAAAAGCACGUGUUAUUAAAAUAUUGCAACAUUAGAGGCGAGCUCAGAACAGCAAAAGCUUGAGAAAGUUUCGAGCAUUCAAGGAAGUAUAAAUAACUUGAACUCCCAUUAUGAUGGAGCAGAUUCUAUUUAUCGGUGUAUGGCUGUUGCUACUAAAUGCAGGCCUUUGUGAAAACAAUGUAACAAAACGUUUGCCAAAUGAAGAGUGUCGUUUGCGAGAGACAUUGGUGCAUGUGGAUAAACUGGGAAGCAAGUUCUAUCCAAUCAUCGUAAAGCUGCAUCGUUGCGGUGGCGCAUGCAGGCAUUACCCACCAUCUGUAAAGGGAUGCGUGCCCAGUACACCUUCAAAGUACAUUGCUGUCAAGGUAACCAGACUGAAUGACUUCAAAGAAGACACAGUUUAUUUACGCAAUGAUACUUCAUGCAGUUGCCGUUGCGUUCGUGAUGAAAAGGCAUGCUCUCCAGAAACACAAAUAUUUGAUGAUCGUUCUUGCAAAUGUAAAUGCAAGCCGGAAUAUAGAUCAAUUUCUUGGAGAUGCAGGUACCCAUUUGAAUGGGAUCCAGUCACGUGCAGCUGUGGUUGCAAUUUAAGAUGUGGACAUCGUGAGCAGCUGGACAAGAAAAGGUGUGGAUGCAAUUGCAAAACGGAGGCCUACAUAAAGUGCACUGCGAUGAAUAAAUAUCUGAACCCAAGUACAUGCAAAUGUAUGUUCAAAGCAGAGAGGGAAAAGUCGGUUGGCAACAUACAAACUUGCCAAGGCCUGCCAAGAAAAUGGAUCGUCGCGUUUGCUGUUAGCGGCGUUGUGAUGCUCAUGAUCCUAAUAUUUGACUGUGUGCUUUAUCAACAAAAAACAGGAUCAUUAUACAGAAUAACACACUGUUGUAAGAAAUACAAACAGAAAACUGAAGAGAGGGAUAUAUGCUUGCCAAAGCGGGCACUUGAGGAAGGCUAAGGCAAAGAAGGUUGAGAAUCAAAAUCUGAAAAGGUGAAAAGUAUUGCUCAGGAUAGGAAGCAGAACGCUGCUGUGGAUGACGCAGAACCCAGAACGCGGCAGACACAAGCGGAGA